UCCACUCGGCCAACUCUGGAAGAAACCUCGCACCCGCGCAUCUUCAUUUCUCGGUACGCCAACGAGCGCUGCGGUUGCCCUGGGCUGUUCGACGUCUCUUCUCGGCCGACGGCCUUUCUUCUUUGGAGCUCUGUCCGCGCGUGUGGUAGGUGUUCCAACUUUUACCAGUUAUGCUACUGGUGCCGUUACGAUCAAGUCGCAGGAAAAUGUCGCGCUAAUGUUCCGUUUUCCCCGAGUGAUGUAACUGUGGUUUUUAGAGUUGGCAAAAAGUUUGUUAAAAACUUCUGCAAAGUGCUUGUGCAAACCAUUGAUAAGUGAUUAAGAAAAUCAUUGUUCUGAAAUCCGGUUUUGUCUACUUUCUUGAAGCGUAUUAAAUCACAUCCUAGACCAACAUGACUGGCGAACAACGGGGCACCGUACUGGUAACCGGUGGGGCUGGCUACAUCGGCUCGCACACGGUCGUAUCCUUACUCGAAGCCGGUUACAGCGUUGUCGCCCUCGACAACUUCACAAACUCGGUCAACUCGGCUAAAAACGAGUCUAUUGCGCUGAAACGCGUGGAGGAAAUCACCGGAAAGAAAAUUACAUUCUACAGAUGUGACCUGCUGGACAAGGACGCGGUGGAGACAAUUUUCAAGCAGCACAAGAUCGAUUCAGUGAUACAUUUCGCUGCCCUGAAAGCCGUGGGGGAAUCCAUGACCAAUCCACUGCUAUACUACAAGAACAACAUGAUUGGGAUGAUCAAUCUUUUGGAGGUGAUGGAUAGUCACGGUGUGUACAAGAUGGUAUUUUCAAGUUCGUGUACGGUCUAUGGUGAGCCGAGUACGUUGCCAAUUACGGAAGAGAACCCCACCGGAAACGUGACCAACGUCUACGGUCGAACAAAGUACUUCAUCGAAGAGAUGCUCAAGGAUGCUGUACACGCCGAUCCCAAGUGGAACAUUAUUGCACUACGUUACUUCAAUCCCGUAGGAGCACACAAGUCCGGAAAGAUUGGAGAAGAUCCAACCAAGCAGUUUACCAAUUUGAUGCCCUACAUCAGCCAGGUGGCGAUAGGCAAGAAAGAUGUGCUUACAAUUUUUGGGAAUGACUAUAACACACCCGAUGGAACGGGUGUGAGAGAUUACGUCCACGUUAUGGAUCUUGCCACAGGACACGUUGCUGCUCUGAACAAACUGGACCAACAGCAUUUGGGAUUGAAGAUGUACAACCUGGGUACGGGCCAAGGAAUCUCCGUGAUGGAGUUGAUCAAUACCUUUGAGCGAGUGAAUAAAGUCAAAAUUCCGUACGUCAUUCAGGAGCGGCGUGCCGGUGAUAUCUCCGCAAUGUAUGCCAAUGCGAAGCUGGCCGAAACCGAGCUAGGAUGGAAAGCUGUUCAUACCGUGGAUGAGAUGUGUGAAGACUUUUGGCGAUGGCAGCAAAUGAACCCGAAUGGCUACAAAACUGAUCAAGUAAAUGGACAUCACUAACGGAAGGCAGCAAAGGCAUUUUAUGAUACAUAGAAAUAAGGACAAGUUUGGACAGUAUUUUUUUUAUUUAUUGUACCUCGUGUUUCGAAGAUAGCUGAAAUAGCCGAGUGUUCUGCAGUUUUAAAACUUCCGUUCCAAUCGAGGUAAAGUUCGGAUAUACAUUUCUAGCAAACAGUUCAAGGCACUUUGGACGCUCAGGAAAGAAAUCAGUGAACAAUUCUGUAAUAAAGCACAGUAAAUUAUUGAGAA